AUGAAAACAAGAGACUCCUUUAAGAAAUCCGGGGAUUCAACUCAAUACAAAUCUUGGAGAAAUAAGGUUCAACAAAUUAUAAAAUAUGCAAAGAAGUCAUACUAUAGAGAUGUUAUAAACAACAAUGAAAGAAAUCCAAAAAAGUUGUGGAAUCAUUUGAAAGAGUUAUCUGGAUUUAGAAGUCACCAUUCCUGUGAAACAGCCCUUACAUCUAUAGCUGAUAAAUGGAAAAAUGCAAUUAACAAUGGACAGCUAGUUGAUGAUACAACCUUAACUGUUGUUGGAAACAACAAACAAGAAAUCAGUUCUGAAUUACAGUCUGUACUCUCUAAAAUUGAGGACUGGUGCAAGCAUAAUUAUAUGACAGCUAAUGUACAAAAAACCAAAGCAAUGUUUAUCUCAUCAAGAGGAACUAAUAAAGAUACUUUGAACCCAUCGCCUCUUACAUUCAACAAUGAAACUGUCGAAUAUACAGAAUCAGAAAAACUGUUAGGUGUACAUGUCAGCAAAAACGCAAUGAAUUUGACAACAUGUGCAUUAGUACUGGCAAUAGUUCUGCACGACGGUCAAGGUCAAACUAUGGAGGAUACUCAAAAUAUUCUGACCACAAUACUGUCUGGAUAUAGCGCUGAUGUGAGACCGGCAAGCAACCAGUCGCUUCCCGUGCAAGUAAAUGUGACUAUGGAACUGGUAAAUAUCAAAGAAUUCGACGAGGUAUCGGAACAAAUAUCAGUCGUUAUUAUCAUGUACUUAACAUGGAUGGACAGCCGGCUUACAUGGGAUCCGCUUGAGUUCAAUGGUACAAGUAAUGUCAAUAUACCCGUUACUAAGAUCUGGAGGCCAAGUCUUAUCCUCAAAUCUCCUGUCGGUAAAAUAAUUCCUGUAGGAGUUGACCAGGACUGGGCAGUCGUGAGAUGCUUGUAUGAUGGAAGAAUAAUGUGGAAUCCAACAGAAACAACCACAUCCUCAUGCAAUAUCGAUGUCAGCUAUUUUCCAUUUGAUGAACAAUUUUGCACUUUAAUAUUCAUACCAUGGGGCUACCAAACACAUGAAAUUUUGCUCAAAAGUCAUGAAGAAAAGGUUCGUCAAACAUUCUACAGUGAAAACGGAGGAUGGACCCUUGUUGACUCACUUGUAAUAUCCGAGGAUGUUCUAGAAGGAUAUUUCUCUCAAUAUGCGGUAACAUUUCACCUUAAAAGGCGUUCAAUUUUCUUUUUGGUUAAUGCUGUGGUACCUGUGUUUUUCAUCAGUUGCCUGAACGUUCUUGUUUUCCUUCUUCCUGUGGAAUGCGGAGAACGUGUGUCAUACGCCAUUACUGUUUUUCUGGCGAUAGAUGUAUAUAUGACUAUCGUUGUUGAAAAUAUGCCGAAAAACUCUAAACACAUGGCUAUAAUUUGUUACCUGUUGUUGCUAAAUGUUGGACACAGCACUGUCAUAUGUUUUGAAACUAUAAUCUGCCUCGUUACUUACUACAGGGAAGGACAAGUCCCAAAUUUAAUGACAAGAAUAUUUUUCCGAAAACCUUGUGGCAUAUACAAAUGGCGGAAAAUACAUACAGAAGGGACAAAGGUCACGAACAAGGUGAAACCUACUGAUCACGAGGACAAAAAGGACCACAGUCUUGAGAAACUUGAUGUGGAUGCUCAUCAAGACGAAGAAAAGAAUUCGAAGAUAUCAUGGAGAGAUGUUAGUUACAAACUGGACAAAAUUUUCGGACUUGGAGCUGUAAUUUUUCUCAUUUCCUUUGUUGUCAUUUUCAUGAUUUUUGUUGCAUUUCAGUAGCGUUUGUAUAUAAUAUUAAUAACAUUUGGUGGCUCAUUCGGCAAGAUUAUUGCCUCAAUUUAAGCAGUUAAUGCUUGUGUAUAUACUGAUAUGCGGUUGUGAUCGUCCAUGCCAUGCUACAAAGUGGUCAUUCAAAUAUUGUAAAACUCUUCUGACGUAGAAACUUACACUUAUCUAAUGGAACUAUUGCAAACUUAAGUCUUGCAGGAAUUGGAAGGAAAGCAACAUGUGGUAAAUAUAUGCUGAAAGUACACUUUAAUGAAACCUAUGUUUUAAACGUGUUAAAUUUCCGAAAAUGAGGGCGAGGCCUUAGUAUGUAGCAUAACUCCCAACACGACCGCAGUUAUACAGUAAAGCUAUAUUUUAUUAAUUUGUUUGCGUAGAAUGAGAACUAUAUUCUAAAGCAUUUUUAUUGGCCGAAAUAUAUCUACGUAAAUGUUCACAACUAGGUAGCUGUAAUAAACUAAGUAGAGAUGAUCAGAAAUACUUGUAAACGUGCUUAUCAUCACAUUUUCACAUGAGUAUGGUAUAGAGUUAAUAUAACGCAAUUGUAUUUUGAAUUUGAAGCGUACUGCUUUAAUUGUGUAAGUGCAAUGAUACAGAUACACUGAUGAUAUCAAAUAAAAUUAUCACGGGAAUUCAGAUAAACUGUGCAUUGAACGACUGACAAGUAGUGAAAAAUUCAAGUUGCAUAUAUUUCAUAGUUGUAUACCAUUACGCAGCAAUAUAACAACUUAAUUUCUUGUUUUGAAAAUUUCCGGUGCAACGCUGUUAUAGCUUAAACACUACAACACUUCAAGUAAAGUUCUUGAACGUGAUAUGUUGUGCUUAAAACGUAUGUUACUUCUCCAAUACCUCUAUUAAGCAUAUGUCUUUUAAGCAAAUAUCUUACACAAAUUUUAUGACAACUGGCGAUUUUUUAUGCUUAG